AUGGUCAAGGUUUCACCUUGGAAGAAAAUUCUUCAAUUCAGGCAAAAAGAAAAGUUGAGUCAUCGUUUUAUAGGACUAUAUGAAGUUAUUGAAAGUGUUGGACAUGUCACUUAUGAGUUGGCAUUGCCUAUGGAACUACAGAAAAUGCAUGAUGUAUUUUACGUGUCAAUGCUUAGGAGAUAUCGUUUGAAUCCAUCUCACGUUAUUUUAGCAGAAGAUGUGGAAAUUCAGCCUGAUCUUUCAUACCAGGAAGAGCCAGUUAAAAUUUUCGCUCGUAAGGUGAAGGAAUUGCGUAACAAACGUGUUCCACUCGUGAAAGUUCUUUUGCGUAGCCAUAACAUCGAGGAAGCAAUUUGGAAAUUUGAGGAAACGAUGAAAUCCUAG